AUGGAUAAAAAGAUACGAGUAAAAUUUAAUGGAGGGAGAGAAGUGACCGGAGUAUUAAAAGGUUAUGAUCCAUUAUUAAAUUUAGUACUCGAUGAUACGGAAGAACAAUUGAGAGAUCCGGAGAAUAAUCAUCUUUUAGAUGAAAGUCGUUCACUUGGUUUGAUCGUUUGUCGUGGACCAGCUGUAAUACUAAUAUCACCUGUUGACGGAACUGAAGAAAUUGCAAAUCCUUUUGUUCAAGCUGAAGAAUAA